AUGGGUACCUUCAAGAGGGGAAAUUUAACCGAUAUUAUGUUAAUCAUUGACCUUGUUUCUUCGGUGUCUGGUGCAAAAGCCAGAAACUCUUCCUUAUUCAACAGUAAUUCCAAAACUCAUUCAAAGUUAGGUGAUAUUCCUUUGCCCACUUCCACAAACAUCCCUUUCUCGAUAUACCUGGUCAAGUCUCAUUAA